GUACAUAAGUUCUAAGUGCAUGUGAAUGAAUGAUUAAGAUUCGUUCGUUUUUAUUUAUUAUGUUGAACACUGAACUAUAACAAAUUACAGCCCAAACUUAACCAAGUAAACAGCCCAUGAAUAAGCCAUUUAUGUAAGGUAUAUUGUAGUAAUGCAACCCAAGGAAUAUAUCAAAAAUGUUGUAGACAACAACAAUAAAAUACAAAGUCAAAUGACCAAUAAGGAAUAUUAUUAUUUUAACAAAAUCCACAAUAAGACAAGCAUGCCACAUUCAGUCAGUUAGUUAACCAAACCGUCAACGAUCGUAAGAAGUGAAUGUGCCCAGCUGUAUUGGUGUGGUGUGUAUUACACAGAUUAAUUAUGUAGUUCAUCAGUCACUCGAGAAUAUUUCUGAAAGAUUGUACUUUAAAAAGAACAUUCCGCGUUGCAUAAUACGAAAUAACAAAGUUUAUUUCUAGUUUAAAUAUUGUUGAAAACCCGUAUUUAUUUCAUAACUGAGUACACAUUUUUCAAAAUCGAAAUUGUGUGAAGGAAAAUAUCAGAAGAACUUAAAUCAUCGAUUGUGAUACAAAACUAAACAGCGCCGUAAAAUGAUCACAAGAUUAAUAUCAAGUAUAAUCAAAUGUCUAUAUUUUAAAGUUAGUAUACGAAGUCGACUACAAAGAUAUUAUAUUGUUCUGUUUAUGUUAUCGGCGUCGCUGGAUUCGACGUCUUCUAAUGAUGACAUCGCCAGUCAUAUUAGAAAAUGCUGCUUAAAUGGUAUUCAGUAUGCUGCUAAUGAAAAAAACUGCGAACAAUACGAUUACGAAGUGAGCGCGAUACCCCCCCUAUGGCGUGGGCUUUGUCAUUCGACGUAUGGUGUUUGUUGUUCAAAGAAAUUGGAAGAGCAGUAUUGUGUUGCGGGACGCUUAGCUGCCUUGCGGGGUACUCGUUGCGAUGAUGAAUACAAUACUAACGCAUAUGCAAAUUGCUGUCGCGCUUGUCAGGUGGGCUUAGCUGUAAAGGCUAGUAGUAACGAUUGCAACAAUGCGCUUUUUUCAUAUUUUGCGAAAAUCGAUACAUAUCACAUUUGCUGUGAUGGCAGUAAAACUAAUUAUAACUAUCCUGGCGCUAUAAUAAUUGAUGACAACAACGGUGAUUAUGUGAGUAAUGAAGAAAACGAUAAAUUGGAAGCUAAAGCAAAUAAAUUUUUUAACGGCUCGGACGAGAAAGAUCUAAUUGUUGAAGACGAAUUGAUUGGAAAUGCAAGUGAUGGUACAAUUGUGUUGCCAGAAGAUGACGAUGAUAUAUGCGGUAAAGUGAAGAAUCUGUGCGCGCAUAUUUGUGAGAAUACGAAGGAAGCGUAUCGUUGCAAAUGCAAUGCUGGCUAUAAGCUGGAUGAGAAUAACGUGACUUGCUCUCCAAACAAUGUUUCGGAUAAAGUACACAAAAAUGAAGUCAAUGCGGGGAAAGACAUAGAGGAUGUUCACGAAGGUGAUGUUGGAAAUGUAGAAAGUCAGGCAAAAAAAGGCGUAAUUGAUGAUAACCAGUCAGAAGACAUUAACAAAGUGGAAUCAAUAAGUUGCGGUACUGGUUAUGAAUUUAACUACAUCAAAAGAAAAUGCCUGGAUGUUGAUGAAUGCGCUAAUAAAUUACACAAUUGUAAAAUCAGUCAGUAUUGCCAUAACACUAUGGGCGGUUUCCAUUGUUUGAGCGUCAAUUCCAGGAAGUGCGACCCACAUAAAGAAAAAUGUGAAAAUGCCUGCAGUGCCGGUUUCCAAUACAAAAAUGAAGGCUGCGUCGAUGUCGAUGAAUGUUUAGUAGAUGAAUAUGCAUGUGAUAGCAGUCAGGUGUGCUUCAAUGACAUUGGCGGUUACCGCUGUGAUUGUAAAAUAGGGUUUAAUCUAGAUGCGACCACGAAUGCAUGUGUGGAUAUAAAUGAGUGUUCUAUCAAUAACCAUAACUGCCUACCAACGCAGCGAUGUGACAAUACAUACGGUUCAUAUGUCUGCGUUAGACUUCAAAGCUGUGGUACCGGUUAUACACUAAAUGCCGAAACAGGCAACUGCGAUGACGAUGAUGAGUGCACACUAGGAACUCAUAACUGUCCACUUGAUUAUGAGUGCCAUAACACGAAAGGUUCUUUCCGUUGCUACCGUCGCACACCAACAACUAUAGCAACCACAACGACGAAGGCGACUACUACAACUACCACGUCACCACCAGUCAGUGGUUUAUCUAAUUAUUACUACCAUAAUCGUACCUCAUAUAAUAAUCCAGGUCAAUAUGCUUCUCGGCAAACCCACAGUUAUAACUAUAUGCGGGAGGAUGUACAGCGAUACACUGGCAUUGGUGAAACUGAAAAUAAUCAACUCCCACCAUGUAGUAUAGGCUUUCAUCGGAACAAUUUGGGUGCUUGCACAGAUCUCAAUGAAUGUAUUUUAAUGAGCCCUUGCAGCUCACAUCAACGUUGCAUUAAUACAAAUGGUUCCUAUCGCUGUCAAAACUUGCUACAAUGUACGGCGGGCUAUAAAUCCACUUCAGACGGCACGCAAUGUAUAGAUAUUGACGAAUGCGAAACCGGAGAACAUCAGUGUGCUGAGAAUCAGAUUUGUCGAAACCGCAACGGUGGAUAUAUUUGUUCAUGUCCACCGGGGCAUCAGCUUUUACGAAUGCGCGACGUAAGCCGUUGCAUAGACAUAAAUGAAUGUGACCAGGGGCAUCCACCGGUUUGUCCCUCAAAUGCUCAGUGUCUGAAUACCAUAGGAUCCUAUUAUUGUGAAUGCAAGUCUGGAUUCCAAAAAAGCAAAGAGAACGAACACAUUUGUUUGGAUGUGGAUGAGUGCCAGGAAAUACCGGGCUUAUGUCAACAGAAGUGUGUUAAUUAUUGGGGAGGUUACCGAUGCACUUGUAACCAAGGAUUCGAGUUAAGUGCCGACAAUCGAACAUGCAAUGAUGUAGACGAAUGCGUAGUACAUAAGGCGUACAAACUCUGUAUGGGCUAUUGCAAUAAUGUUCCCGGAUCUUAUGAGUGUUCAUGUCCGCGCGGAUAUGCGCUGGCUCUGGACAAAAAUACUUGUCGCGAUAUUGACGAGUGCGCAACCGAAGAAUUUUGUACGGGACGUAACGAUAUAUGCACGAAUAUACAUGGUAGUUACAAAUGUACCUCCAUACAUUGCCAGUACGGAUAUGUCAAUGAUCCGGAUCAGAAAAACCGUUGCCGCUUGACCAGCAAUCUCUGUGAGGGCGACGAAUGCUUUAGCAAACCAUCUGCUUACACUUACAAUUUUAUUACACUUGUCUCAAAGCUUAUGAUACCUCCAGAAGGUAGGAUCAUAUUUACUCUUCGUGGACCUCUUUGGUAUGAUGAUAUCGACUUUGAUUUAAAAAUCAUAAAAAUUCAGGCGGCAGCUAAUAUUGAAAAAGCGUCGGAUAAUCACUUUGACACCAUCAAGAGCAAACAUGAGGUUCACUUACAGUUGAAACGUUCAAUGGAAGGUCCGCAGGAUAUUGAACUGGAACUAAGUAUGACGGUUUUCACAAAUGGUAUGCCGCGGGGAAAGAGCGUUGCCAAAAUAUUUAUUUUAGUGUCACAGUACACCUUUUAAAAUUGGCACACAAAACAAUGUACUUAUAAAAAACGUAUAUUGCUACUUUUUUGUUUAUGAUUUAAAUUAAUUGUUUCAAAAUUACCUUGGGAAAUUAUUGUUGCAAUAAAUCAUGUUUCUGUCUAAUAUCUUAGUGUAAAACGACUAACCGAAUAGUGUUAACACCAACAUAGUGCUGCUGCGUUAAAUUACAAAAAACACAACUAAUUUCGGGUGCAAAGCCUGCAGGUGUUGGCAAAACUUUAUAUUAAGCAAGUAAGAAAGUUUUAAGUUCGGGUGUAACCGAAAAAUUUGUACUCUUGCAACUCGCGAGAAUCAAAGCCGGCUAAAUACCUUCAGGUGUAGGCAAUAUUGAAAAAUGUAGCGAAAGGGUUCAACUUCAGUGUUCGACGAAAUCGUGAAUGGCUAAAAAUCAAAAUUGGUAUCAUAUUAAAUUUUUUAGAAGGUCAUAGACUUUCUUAGUUUUAUUGCUAUAUAUUCAAAGAUACACUCUUAUUAGAAAAACAUGCUCAGUCAAUUUCAUAUAAAUUUCUAGCACAUUGGUCGAUAUAUGUGGUAUAAAGUCAACUGGAAGUUCGAAAUUUUUUUUUAUUAGAUAAUGGUAUAUUAUUAUCAAAAAAGUAUUUUCUCCGAAUUUCAAUAAUGAAUCUCUUAGAUUGACCGACAUUUCCGCCAAAAUGCCAUACACUCUGGCGUCCACAUAUAUGGCGUCUGGGUUCUUCAAAAGUUAUGGUCCGAUUUCGACAAUCUUAUGUCUCUGAAACAUUUAGUUAUUGAUUUAUCGCACUUUUAGUAGUUUUGAACAAAACCGUUACAUGGGGAGUGAGCGUGGUUAACGUCCAAUUUCAUCUACCGUGUUUUCACACUGUUGGUAGGGGCUCUUAACUUGGUUAUUGCAGCUUUAGUGGUUUAAGAUAUAUGUACAUUAAACCUCUUAAAGAGCUUACAGGUGCCCCUUGCUACUGUAAUCUAUACCAAAUUGCAGUUUUAUAUCUUAACAAUGUGCUUAGUUAUGGCAUUUUAUAGAAUGGCGUUUUAUAGGCGUGGCAGUGGUCCGAUUACGCCCAUCUACGAAGUCGUCCUUACAUUUUUGCCAAGGAACACAAAGUUUCAUUACGAUAUCUAUAUUUUACUCAAGUUAGAGCACGGACAGGCGGACGGACAACACUCACCUGAAUUUCAACUCAUAUCGUCAUCGUAAUCAUUUAUAUAUACAUAACCCUUUAUCUAACUCGAUUAUUUUUAGGUGAUACAAAUAAGAGUCAGGUGAACAAAACUAUUAUACUCUGUAGCAACAUGUUGCAAGAGCAUAAAAAUGUUGUGAAAGAAUUCAACAUUAAUUGUUCGACAAAAUCGUGAGUGGAUUAAAAUCAAAGUUGGUAUCUUAUAAACUUAUAUCAUAGGUCAUAGACUCACUUAGUUUUUUUACUAUAUUUUACUUCGUGUCCAGCUAGAGAAUAGGAAUUUAUUAUAUAAAGCGUAUGAGUUUUGGAGCAAGGUCUUGAUCAAUUCCGUUUAUUCUCAGUGCUAAGAAACAUAAUUUUAAAGAAAACUUUUCAAACUUCAUUUCAAUACAAUAUCACACAUUUUGAACAACCUAAACGGUUUAAAGCCAACAUUUCUAUAAAUAUAUAACUCAAUAUAUACAGUAUAAGGCCAACCAGAAGAAAUCUUUUUUUAAACCUUUUUUUUGAUACAGGCAAAUAUUAUCAGAAAAGGAUUAUUUUCGAAUUUUGAUAAUGUAUCUCACAGAUUGACCGAUAUUUUUAGUAAAAUGUUAGCAAUAGUCACUAUGGUCCAUAUAAUCGGUAUCUAGCGGAUUGAGCAGUUGUAGUUCGGCUUUGACAAUUUUUGAUCGUGAAGCACACCUUUUGAAUCUUAUCCCGGUGUGUACAUUGCCGCAUUUGGAACGAAGAAAUUCAAGAGCUACCAUUUCAUCCAGAAAAAACAGGGACAUUUUCUUUUGGGUCAAAAAGGAGGAUCCAAAUUCCCCUGUUUCAUGUGCAUAUGAGAUAGCCGAGUCAAUACAGAAGACUGGACUUAAAAAGUUUGGCCUUUGAGAAUGAAUUUAGUACCAGGUGGCGUGAAUGUGAUGAAUGCAUCUUUAGUAGCCGGAUACAGAAUUAUAUUAACCCCUCUUAAUAUGAAGUUAGGUCUGAUAAAACAGUUUCUAAAAGCAAAUUGAAACUGGUUUUUAAAUAAAAAUUCUCAACUUAGCCUUGACAAUAAAGUUUUGUUGUAGAACGCGAUAUUAAAGCCGAUCUGGAUGUAUGGUAUUCAACUAUGGGGUACGACGUGUGCAAUUAAUAUUGAUAUAAUACUCUAGUCAAAAAUCCUUAGAGCUAUAACGAGUUCACUAUGGCACAUUCGAAAUAAAAACAUUCUCAAAGAUCUUGCUAUUCCUAUGGUAAAAAAAGAAGUAGAGGACAGCAGAAAGAACUAUGAACUUAAACUCCGUAACCAUCCAAAUCCAUUAGCUAAUGCCUUGCUACAGCCUUGUAAUCAAACCCGCUUAAAAA